AUGGGCGCCAACCGCACCCCUGCAAAGCCCCAGAGGCAUAGAGACGCCGACGGGCUCUACCGCUGCUAUCGAUGCCCCCAGGAGCCGGCCGUGGCCAGCGUGCGUGAGAAGUGCUGCAGAAGCUGUUUGCUGCUGCUCGUUCGCAAGGCAUUUGCAACAGAGCUCGCGGGUAUUCGCCAGCGCCUCGCCGAGCAGCAGCAGCAGCAGCAGCAGCAGCAGCAGCAGAAAGAGGGUGCAUGCGUUUCUACUGGUGUUAGGAAUGAGGAUGAUUGCCCCCUGUAUAUAGCCGUGUCUGGUGGGGAUGCGAGUCUUUCUCUGUUGCACUUAGCAGCAGAAGCUGUUCAGAAACGUCUGUUGAGGCGGCAGCAGCAGCAGAAGCGACAGCAGCAGCAGCAGCCAUCGGCCCGCACGUGCAGUGUACAAACAGCUGCUGCUGCUGCUGCUGCUGCUGCAGAUGAUAGUGCUGUUGCUGCAGGCUUUGCUGCUGCCUCACCCCAGGCCGGAGAUCCCCUCCCCCUACAGAUUCAGAAAGCAGCAGCAGCCAUCGGCCCGCACGUGCAGUCCGUGUUGCUGCACCCGUUGGGUUUUGAGUUUUCUUACAUACUGCCGCAGCAGCAGCAGCAACAGCAGCAGCAGCAGCAGCAGCAGCAGCAGGAGGGAGGGGCUGGAGAGAACACGCCCAUUGAGGUGUAUAGACACCCCGAUGGACGUCUGUGGGGCUGGGAUGAACUGCAGCGCAUGCAGCAGCAAGAAGGGGAGAUGAGGCGUCUCCUUGCUCUUACUUUUGCUGCAGACAAAACUGCAGCAGAAAGACUCUGCAGGGCCCUCGUACAGAAGGCUCUGCGUGGUUAUUUCAAGCGCAUGCAGGGCGUGGGGUGUACGUACACCCCGUUUCUAUGUACAGGAGAGACAGCAUCUGCUGCAGCUCUCUCUGUAUUAGAGCGCCUCAGCUAUGGAGAGGGCCGUUGCCUCGCGUGGGAGACAGCAGCCAUAGACAGCAGGUAA